UAAGUAGCUUCUCUCAUUCUCACUCACAAACACACCCAGAAAUCACCAUGGCUCUCCCUCUAAGCUUUUCGCUGCCAACGUUGGCACCAAGAGCGCCUUUGAGCUCCUUCAAGAGACUACCGAGCCGUAUUCCUACAGUGAAAGCCCUAGGAGUGUUCCCAUCCAAGGGAAUAGAUCAUAAGAGGGCCAUCAGAAUUCGACCAUGCUCUGCAUUGGGAGAUCUUACUUCUUCACUCACAAGUGCAGUUACUACUACUGUGGCCGUCGCUGCUGACACCGCGGCCACGGUUGUCGAUACCACAACGACCACCACGACCGAAACCGCAGAAGUAACCAGGGCUGAUUUUCCUGCUGAUUUCAAGUUUGGUUGCGCCACUUCUGCUUUCCAGACAGAAGGAUCUGGAACCGAAGGAGGGAGAGGACCGGCCACAUGGGAUAGUUACAUACAAGAUGCCACAGUAGAUGGCACAGAAAUAGCAGUUGAUUCUUACAACCGCUACAAGGACGAUGUGCAACUGCUGAAGAAUAUGGGAGUGGAUACAUACAGAUUCUCCAUGUCAUGGUCAAGACUAUUGCCUGACGGAACCAUAGACGGUGGAAUAAACCAGGAGGGCAUCGACUUCUACAACAACUUCAUCGACGAACUGAUCGCAAAUGGGAUAACUCCAUUUGUGACACUGUUCCACUUCGACUUGCCCACAGCACUGAACACCAAGUACAACGGUUUCUUGAGCAUUGACAUUGUGGAGGAUUUCAAAGCAUAUGCUGAUUUGUGUUUCAAAACUUUUGGCGAUCGAGUGAAGUACUGGGCUACUAUCAAUGAGCCUCAAGUAUGGGGGCAAUACGGCUUCACUAACACUGCUGCGGAUGCAAACGCUGCCACUGAUCCUUAUGUCUCUUCGCAUAAUGUCAUAUUAGCCCAUGCUACAGCUGCCAAGCUCUACAAGAACACAUACCAGGGUUACCUGAUGUGGGCACUGAUGGACUGCGUGGAGAUGGGAUCUGGCUACGCAGUUCGGUUUGGCCUCAACUACACUGAUUACCUCAAUGACUUGGUCCGAACUCCAAAGAAAUCCGCCGCCUGGCUCAAAGAUUUCUUGGCAUCAACCACUUCCACUUGA